AUGUCACUCGAACGAAAGACAACGAUUGGAAAAGCAAUAUCGGCUCCACUAUCAACCAUGGCCCUGGCGUUGACCGUGGCGAAUUUGGGCGUCAUACCUUUCUCGUCAAGCGUUUAUAGUAUGAUCAACCAAUACUUGGUGCCGCUUGCUGUUCCGAUGUUGCUUUAUGAUAGUGAUAUUCGUCGCGUCAUUCGAGACACCGGGACUCUCUUGCUAGCAUUUGGUGUCGGUGCAAUUGCCACCGUUGUUGGUACGCUGGUUUCCUUUCCCAUUCUACCAAUGACAUCGCUGGGUGAUGAUGGAUGGAGAGUAGCCUGUGCUCUGGCGGCGCGCCACAUUGGAGGAGCCAUCAACUUCGUGGCAGUUGCGGAAACGCUGCAGAUUUCGGGCACAGUCGUCUCGGCCGCGAUUGCAGCCGACAAUGUCGUUGUGGCUCUAUAUUUCGCAUUUCUAUUCGCAAUUUCGAAUGCUGAUCAGGUGGAUGGACCCUCAUCAGAUUCCGGAACAAGCGACGCUUUGGAACUCGAUGCAAGCGGAAGCGAAGUCGAGUAUUCGGAGGAUAGUAUUUCCUUGUCAUCAUUGGGUAUUGCCCUGUCUGUAGCGUCAGGACUAGUAACGACCGGAAGAAUCUUGACAAACUCUGUUUUGCCAUUGGGGACCUCCGCAUUGCCACUGACGUCCGUGCUUACGGUAGCUGCGGCCACCAUCUUCCCGAAGUUUUUCGUCAAUAUACGUGCCGCUGGGAGUGCGCUUGGUAUCUUGUGCAUCCAAAUGUUCUUUGCAGCGUCGGGUGCAGCUGGCUCGAUUAGCCUCGUUAUGCAGAAAGCCCCAUCGUUGUUUGCGUUUUCAGCGUUGCAAAUUGGUGUCCAUUUUGGCGUCCUCAUGUCGGUCGGCCGCGGUAUCUUUCGGAUCCCGAGUAAGGAGCUCUACUUAGCAUCCAAUGCGAAUGUCGGGGGGCCUACGACUGCCGCCGCAAUGGCAAAAGCCAAAGAUUGGAAAUCAUUGGUACUGCCAGCUCUGCUAGUGGGAAUUCUUGGCUACGCAUCUGCAACCGCAAUUGCCCUAGCACUCGGGCCAAUUCUUGUCCGGCUUCCUCUUAUUGGCGAAAAAUCCUAA